AACAUACAUUUAUCAACGAUGUGGACAAAUUUUUUAUAUAUUUUGAUUGUAAGCUGUUUAACGUUCAUCAAUGCCGAUGAAUAUAUGAAACGGGAAUUUUCAUUGGUGAAACCAUACUUCGGUGCCGGUAUGGGGACGCUCCCGUAUUGGGAUUUUACCGGUUCCACUUUGGUUACAUCAAAUUAUAUUCGUCUAACGCCGGAUAUACAGUCACGAAGUGGUGCUGUAUGGAAUUCAGUGCCAUGUAUGUCACAAAAUUGGGAAGUUAAUAUAAACUUCAAAGUGUCCGGCAAGGGUAAGGAGCUAUUCGGUGAUGGAUUUGCGAUCUGGUAUGCAAGAGAUCGAUUAGUUCCAGGACCGGUGUUCGGCAGUAAAGAUAAUUUCAUGGGUUUAGCCAUCAUUUUGGACACAUACAGCAACCACAAUGGACCACAUAAUCAUCAACAUCCAUACAUCAGUGCAAUGAUUAACAAUGGCUCAUUGAGCUAUGACCAUGAUCGCGAUGGAACAUUGACCCAAAUCGCCGGUUGCGAAGCCAAAUUCCGUAAUGUUGACUACGACACACACAUCAGCAUCAAAUACUUGAAUGAACGACUGACGGUGUUGACUGAUUUAGAAAAUAAGCGUGAAUGGAAAGUAUGCUUCGAAUCGCCAAAUGUCAAAUUGCCAACCGGCUACUAUUUCGGUGCUUCCGCAACAACCGGUGAUCUAUCGGAUAAUCACGAUAUUAUCUCAUUUAAAUUCUACGAAAUCGAGCCGAUUGCUGAUGAAGUCACGUUGGAAGUUCGAAAGAGUAUUAUUCCUUCAGCUGAAGUGUUUGAAGCUCCACGAGAACGAAAAGAAGAUGUGAAGCCAGGAAUGUCAAAUGUCAAGAUCUUCUUCUUGAUCCUGUUCGGAAUGAUUUGCGCCAUAGUCCUGGCCAUAUUUGGCAUUAUGUACUAUCAAAAGCGAAAGGAGUCAUCACGAAAACUUUGGUGAUGACGAUACACCAAAAUUAAUCCACUAAUAAAUAUAUUCAUAAAAUUUUGUACAAACCUAAGCACUGGUUCAAUGUAAAAAACAACGAGAAAGAGGAAUUGUUGUAAUCAAUUUUUUGUUUCUUCUUGCAAAGACAAAAGCAUAAAUUAUUGAAUAAUCGACGGGCAGGUAAAUUAGUUAGUAAAAGCUGUGUGUGUAUACAUGAAAAUUUGCUUGAAAAAAAUGAAGAAGGAAAAAUCAUUUACUUCAACCUAUAUUCUUUUUGUAGAAAUCUGUUAUCCACUUGAUGAACCAUUGACAUUAUCUGUGUGUUAAGUUCCAUUGAAGAAAAAAAACUGACUGUCGAAUAAAUGAAAAAUAUAUCCAAAAUAAAUUUAAAGCCAAAACAAUAAACAUAAA